AUGCUAGCUCAAUUGAUGAUAAUAAGGAAUGUUGGGAUGAUUAGAGUCAUGUCCUGUGAUGGGAUCAAAGCAAGCAAGGACAUGAUGAACCUGCCAGACUCUCUAAUGGAGGAUGGCAACGGCAUCUUUUUCUCUGGUUUCCUUGAGAAGGCCAAACUGUCAACUGCACUGAGGUAUGGUUCUGCCAAUGGAAUGGAGGAGGAGGAGGACCACAAAGGAAAAAGGAGUGGUCCACCCAUUCUCAACGGUCAGCACAGGCAGAGGUAG